AUGACUGUCAGCUCUGUCACGUUGGUUUGUCUCUUUCUGUCUUUAUUCCUGGUCCCUCCGUGUCAGUCGGGCUGUCGGGAGGCAGGUCUGUGUUGCACUGGCCGGGACCAGUCGUGCAUCAGCAAAGGAUGGAGGUCUGACCGAUCCUAUGGCACCUGCUACUGUGACCAAGUCUGCGUCCACACCCUGGACUGCUGCCACGACUAUGAGACGGCCUGCCCAGCGCUGUCCUGUGUGGUGAGUGAGUGGACAGAGUGGUCAGGCUGUGCACAACCCUGUAAGGCCACAGUUCGCAGGCGGAGCAGGACGAUCCUGCAGGAGCCGCUCAACGCAGGCAAGCCCUGUCCUCAUCUGGAGGAACACGCUGGCUGCGCAGAGUACUGGUCUCAGCAAGGGAGCUGUCACAAUCCACUUG